UCAUCCGACAAAUGCUUACUAUACUUUUAACAUACCGUGUUUUUCACGAGCUUGGAAGAUUCGCAAGAAGGGAAUGAAAGGAAAAUGUGUUCAAUGGCUGCUCGUUGUCAUUUUGUUUAUUACUGUGUUUGUGAAUGUUCUUUUUAUCAUGGACACAAUCUCAAAGUACAGAAAAGAUAAAGUCUCGAAUCAUUAUACAAAUGAUGAGCCAUUUGAAGAGAAAAGGAGAGUUAUCAUUGAUUCUAAAGACCAUGGUAAUACAAUUGAUGUUGAUGUUCACUCCAGUAAAGAUAGUGUAUAUGUAUCAGUUGAGGGAACUAAGGUAAUGGAGGAGACUACUACAAAUGAUGCAGCUAGAGGUAUCCAUGUCACUGUUCUUCAUCAAUCAACUGGAGCAAUAAUGGCAACAAGGACAUUUGAUACAUAUAUGUCUAAAGACGAGAGUGCUAGCUUGGUUCUUUUUUUAAAUAUGGUUUCUGAUGGACGAAUUUUGUGCUUUGCAAUUAAGAGAAUACUCAGAGAAACAUCAUCACGCAGCAGACAUAUCGAACUGGGCUGAGCCUGUCACUGCUCGUACUACAGUUCCUCUUGUUCCUGCUAAACAAUCUCAAUGUGCUUGGGAUGACAGUGAAGAAUCAAAGCGAAGAAGAAUGUUUUGUGAUAAGUUUGAAGGCUAUGGAAGUUUAUGCAGUUGUAAUAAUCCUGCUCCAAUUGAAAUUAAAACAACACCGUUGAAGUUAGAAAAAGUUCAAGACAUUCCUGUUGCUGUGAUCGCUAGUAACAGGCCACAUUAUCUUUAUCGUGGCUUACGUUCAAUGUUGUCAGCUCAUGGAGCAAAGAAGGAGUUAUUUACUGUAUUUAUUGAUGGUUUCUUUGAAGAACCAGCUGCUGUGGCAAGGUUAUAUGAUGUGAAAGUCGUACAGCAUAUUCCUAUUAGCUGUGGGAUAUCUAGAAUAGCACAGCAUUACAAGCGAACACUGACAGAGACGUUUAAUGCUUAUCCCAAUGCUCAGUAUAUGAUUAUUUUGGAAGAAGAUUUAGACGUAUCUGUGGACAUAUUUAGUUAUUUUAAUCAAUUGUUGCCUUUAAUGGAUACAGAUGAAAGUUUGUACUGUAUAUGGGAGUGGAAUGAUCAGGUUUGUUAUAAACAAAAGCUUACAAAAUGUAAAACAUCAUUCUGCUUGUGCUACUUUUUAUACUCGUUUUUUGCUUUGUGUUUGCUAACACAACAAAAUUUCAAUUCGUUUUCAACUUUAUGAACGUGUUUUGAACGUCUCCGAUUCUUUUCGCCUUUUGUCGAGUCAAGUUUAUCUCUGACGAGAGUGCAGAAUGUAAAUGAAAUAAAUCUCAAAAUAUUU